AUGGCCCGCAAGGAUGGAGGACCUCCUCCGAUUCCCCUUCUUUACCAGGGGUCUCGGCUGGGGGAUCAGGAGUUCGCUGACGCUUUUUCCAAUCUGCGGGAGUACAUUGUCCUAGAAGCUUUGGAUGAUGAGAGCCAGCCUCUAGGCUACGCUGUCGGUAGGGUAAUCAACACUUACCCCCUCGAUUCCAAUGGUGCCUACAUAGAGAUCGAAUACUUGGGGGCCGAGAACGAGUUCUACCGAUGGUACAUCGAUAACGUGGAUAAGCCGGGUGGGCUCCCGAGUGAUUUUGCACACCACCUUUGCCGCAAGGCCGUCUCUACCUGCAUUCGCAAGGAAGGCCGGAGGACAAUACAUGUGCAAAAGUGGGGGCCCAUCGACCAGCGGGGUGCUGAUAGGUUGCUUCGUGCCUGGGGCUACCCAGGGUUCGUGGAAUCAAGUCGGGCAGCUGGUCGCAAGAAGCGUUCUGCGGUGGAAGCCCAUCCCAGCACCUCUGGGAAGAGCAAAGCUCAAAAGCCCGGGGCUUAUCUUGUGGAUGAGCUUGAGCUUUCUUCGGUGGAGCACAUGGAGGAGGACACGGGCGCGCCGGCUGCAAAGGAGCAUCGUCGUGGACAGGGGCCCCGCCGCGACGCCACGGAGCAAGCCGCUCGGGCCGGGAAUGUCCUGGAUGGUCUCUUGGCUGAGGGGGUCAAGGCAGGGCGCUCUGGAACGGGGGCUGGCCCCAGCCAGCCGGAGGAGCUCUCACCGUUGGAGGCAAAGCUGGGGGUUCUUCGCGAAAAGCUCAAGGAGAAGACCAGCCCCAGAAAGGGCACGGCCGCGGCAGCAUUGGCGGACAAGGCCCAAGCAGCUGCGGCUUUGCCACGGAAGAAGAGGCGAAAGUCUGAGGCCGUCGACGUGGUGAAGGGCCUUAGCAGGGUGCUGAAGGAGAAGGCUCGAGGCUCCCGGGACCCGGCCGAGGAGGAGAGCGACAGCGAUGACAUGGCCGAUGACGACGCGGACUUCGAGGAGGGAGGUGGUGGCCUCUCCUCGAAACGGCGGCAACUCAAGAAGCUUGCUGCUGAGAGGCCCGGCUUCCUCCUUAGCAAGGGGCUUGCCAACAUGAAGGAGCAGCUCGGUUCCCUCUACGGCGAGGACGGGGGCACAGAGGAUCCUUUGUCACCGGUGGUCAACAGGUACCUGCUUUCAGUGAUUCAUCCCAACUACCCUCCUAAGGGGCAGCCAGAGGAGAUGGUGCGCGAGAUGAGGACCCUUGCUUUGAGCCUUGAUCUUGUUUUGCGUGGUCGCGUUGAUGCAGCGGGGGAUUUGAUGAUGCAACGGUUCAAGUCUUGCUGCAUGCACUUGAGGGAUGGCAAGGGUCACUUUGGUCACUUUCUGGAGCUGCUCCCUGAUGAUCUCCUUGGGGGUGGGGCCACCAUGGGCGAGACCGAGUUCGCGAGAUCGAUGGCGGUUCGCACGGCGAAGGCCGAUGCCCUCCUUUCGAAGGAGGCCCGACACUUCAACGAGAGCCGCAACGCCGCCGAGGAGGCCAAAGUCACCGAGCAAGAGCCCAGUUCGUCCUCCAGCCAUCCGGGCGCCUUUGUCGAGGAAGCGGCCAGACAGUGCCGGUGGUGGCCGGCGAGUGACGUUCGAGACCGAGCCGGAGAGGGAGGCCGCGAAGGACCCGGGCCCGAUUGCGUUGGCAAGGCAGAGGACACCUCGGCAGGCCUUGCAGGCGCGACCGAACAGGCCAAGGCACGCUGGGUCUGUGAUGCUUACAAACUACCUUUUCAGCAUUAUGAAGAGGAUCACAUGAUUACAGAAGCUGAUGGUUCGUUGAGGGUUCUUAAACUUGUUGAAUGGGAAAAGCUGCUGGGCUUUGAUGACAAUUACAUCAGUGAAGGCAUCCAUCCAAAGUACAAAGGCACAGACCGCGAAAUUAGAGGCGGACAGCUCCUGGGUAGCGCAUUUCACGUGUUUGUGGCUAUGGCUUUAUUGGAUGAACUGUUCUUUUCGUAUGCACACAUUAAUGCGCUGGAACUUCAAGCUGUCUUGAAUUCAGUAAAGUGGCGCCUUAGGCCAAAGCUCACUUUGAGAGAGCAACAAGUGACCCCGGCGAUGAGCCGGAGAUACUCCAUUGCUGUGCUGGCGUUCCUCAAUUUUCUGUGCGACUCCAGCAUGGUCAUUGGCCAGAUCUCUCAGUUUGAUGAUGCCGCGUGCGCUUGGCUGGAAUUCUUGUAUGCGGAUGGGCAGCGCAAAGGCCUCGCGAGUGAUGGGCUCGCUGGGAUACAACACUUCCUGCCCCGGUGCAUUGGCCGCUUACGGCAAAGCUGGAAACUACUUAAAGUGUGGCAAAAAGUUGAACCGCCGAUGCGUGUCCUACCAAUCAGUCCCUUAAUUCUGCUGGGCAUGGCUGGUUUAGCGGCAAGACUUGGCCUGCAAGACGUAGCUGCAGGUCUCUUGGCUUGUUUCGAUGGCAUGCUAAGGAGUGGGGAGCUCUACAACCUCACGAUGGGCGAUGUCACUUUUUAUCGCCAGCAUGCAGUGCUUCGUUUAGGCCUGACUAAAAGCGGCAAACGUACUGGCAGGGAAGAGAUGGUCGUCAUCAAUAGCCUGCUGGCAGUGACGUGGCUGCGACGCGCGUGCCGACGACGGUCUCCCAGCGAGCCCUUGCUGCGAAGAGGCGCGGAUCAUUUCCGCAAGUGUUUCAAACUUUUCCUUCAAGCCUUUGCGUUGGAAGACCUUUUGCUUAACGUGUACUCGCUUAGACGGGGUGGUUCUUCGAUCGGCAACAGCCAGGGUGGAAACGUGAAAGAGGUCCACUUCCACGUGGGCUUCGAGAUGUGGUAUCAGCCAUUCUCCGAGUUGGUAGGAUGGUACUUGAGCUCUGUGGGUUUCGACGAUGUCAAAAUCCUCGAGUUUACGGAGAAUGCCAUACAGGGCUUCGACAGCUACAGUGUCCCGCGAGACACGGCAUUCCUGGUGGCAAAGCAAGUGGGCACGUCCUUGGGUUUCACGUACAGAAGGCUGGAUUCCACGAGUGAGUGGGUGGCAGUUCGCUCUUCGCUGGCAAGCCCGGAGAUCAAGCAGAGCCUGUCGGAGCUGCCACUGUGUGACAAGGACAGCCACCUGCUGUUCAUAAACAGCGUCGAUGCAUCACGCGAUGCCUCGCGUGCUGAGAACCUGCGCCAUGCCCUCUGUGAGUGCCGAAGAGGCGCUGCGGCUGGGGAUGCGCUGACCUUCGCGCAUCUGCAACGCUGGCAGAAGUACUUGGUUCCACGGACAGCGGCUCGGUGUCGUGGAGCUGAAACGGGCGCGCCCUUCCGCAAGCACGAUGCGUACGCGAAGAAAGGACGAGAAUGCUAUCCCAUCGAUCUUGGCACGGAAGACAGGUUUAAGGCACUUCUGGAGGAAGCCAACGAUCAAAGCAAGCCGCUCGCACUGCGCGCUGCACGUGCCUAUCUGGAUGUGUGUUUCUUUCAUCCCUUUGACGAUGCGAACAGCCGAAUGGCGCGGCUAGUGUUGGACUUCAUCCUUAUUUGCGAGGGGGUUGUUCUCCGGACGGUGGAUCCGGUCUUCCUUUUCGGAAAAUCUGCAAAGGAUGGCGUUGGCGCAGUGAAGUUGGUCGAAGUCGUGUCCAAGCUACUCUGCAGAGCUGGAGACGGCUGGCAUGCAGAGCUCGACGAUUGGGAG